AUGAUAUCGGAAGAGUCUGUAGCACUGAAGUAUAUUUUUAAAAGCAAUUAUGAUGAGAGAUCCAACAUUGUUACGUUCAACGGCAGAGAAUAUUCUUACAACGACAUUUUUGAUGAUGGGGAUCUUUACAUUUACAUAUACAAAUGUGAGAUGACCAAACCAAGAAUUAUACAAGAAGAAACCAGGGAGAUUGAUGCAGAAAUGGACGAAAUUCAAAAAAUUACAGAAGAGCAGUUCUUAGAAUGGAAAAAGUUCAGGAAAUAUGAAAAUAAGACUCAAAGGAGUUUGACAGGAAAGGAUAUUUGGGAAAGCAAAAAGCUAGAAGAGCCCAUUGAAUAG